AUGGAGGGCAGCAAAGAUGCCUUGAAUGGAAUUACCUUUGAUGGGAAACCUUCUGGGUACCGUGACUUUCGUCGAAAGACACUUCUGGCGAUUGCUGGGUUAGAGGAUAAGCACUCACACCUUGCAGGUCCUCGACUCCUCUCGCGACUGAGCGGUGAAGCAUGGCGUGCUACAGAGCACCUCAAUAUCUCUCAGUUAAGAUCGCCUGAAGGUUUCAUGAUAGUGAUUCGAGCCUUGGACGAGCACUACAAGUACCUUCCUGAGACAGAGUUGCAUGAAAGCAUAGAUGAGUUUCUGUUUGCCUUGAAACGAAGACAAGGCGAAGGAGCAACUGCCUUCGCAAGUAGAUUCAGGACUCAACUUGCCAGAGUAGAGACUUUGAUCAGUCAGGAACGUGAGAUGACCAAGUCCAAGCGCCGUCGAACCACUGACAAAGCACCCGACAUCCCACCUGUGGAUGAAGCCUUCGAUAGUGAGAUGGAGCAUACUGCAUCCGAAGGUACUGGGCCAGAGCAUGAUGCUGCGUCCCACCGAUCAGCAGCGGCAUCAGCCGUGCCUAGCAUGUCUGCAGCCGAGCCUGGAGCAUCCGAGCCGUCACAGCCAGCCGAUGCACCACGUGCCACCGAGACUGGAACAGCCGAGCAUGCACAGCCUGAAGGUCGUCGGACCACUUCCGAGUCUGCUGCAAGCACAGAUCUGGAAGAGAAGCCCAAGCAUGAUGAUCGUCGAGCUCAACGUCCCGGCCGCCGAGAAGCUUAUGCAGUCCAAGAACAAGUUCAUGCAGUUGAGAGUGAUUCAUCCAGCCUGGGUGUUGCUUGUGAGUCCGAUGAUUCUCAAAGCGAUGAUGUCAUGGCCGUUGACCAGCUGGAUUCAAGUGAGGAAGAAUUCAGAAAUGAACUUGAAGAAGUGUAUGAACUGCAGAGGAAAUCCAAAGAGAAGUUCCGUAAGUCAUUCAAGACUUACAAAGAAACCAAGAAACGAGUCAAGGAGUUGAAAAGAAACCGGCAACCAUACUAUCCUGUGGUAGCACUCAACCAACCUCAGGAUGCCAGCCAGUCUUCUCAGCCUUCUCAGACUCAGGUGCCUCUGCAGAAAAGCACAUUCAAGUAUGACAAAAAGCCAUCGAGUAGCAAGCCUUUUUCCAAGAGUAGGCAGAAAGAAUCAGGUCGUCAGUCCAAGAAGGAAGAGGCCAACAUGACCGAGUCCAUUCUGGUUAGUUCGUUUGCAUACAUGGUUGAAGCUUCCAACAGUUUUGCAACCUCAGCCAGUACAUGGUCCUCAGAGGAAGUUCUGUUAGCCAGCAUUCCGGAAGGACAUGCAAUCCUUGAUACAGGUUGUACAACAUCAGUGAUUGGUAGCGAGACUGCCGACAAGUUCAAGGACUUCCUGAAGAAACGUAGCCUGCCGCAGCCAACAGCCUGCGAACUGCCUCCGGUGGAGUUGAAAGGAUUUCAGGGUGGAAAAGUUGAAACAACGACUGGUUUACGUUGGCAUGUCAAGCUUGGUAAGUUGUGGGGAUCUGUCACUACAUACCUUGUGCCUGGACAGACGCCAUUCCUGCUGUCUCGUAGAGUUCUGGAAGGAAUGAAAGCCUGUAUUGACUUGGGCAACAAGUCGAUCACCAGUGAACCACAUGGCAUGUUCAACACGCCUCUGAGGCAGGCAGCCAAUGGUCAUUUCUUGAUGCCCUUGUAUGAAAUUCCUGAAGAUCUCCAUGUUGAAGAAAGCCAGCUUGCCGAAACGAUGAUCCGUGCAGAUGUUUGCCUGCACCAACAUGAGCCCAAUGAUGAUGCUGACCCUGCCGACUCACCGACGCCAUCCGUGCCCAUGGAAAGCCCUGGUUCCACCGAGGAUCCACCAGAAGCCGUGUCCCACAUGUGUCUUUGGACCAUCCGGCUGACUCAGGCUCAGCUGGUCAUGACAAGGGUUCUUGAAGAACCGGAAACCGUGCGUCAGGAGCUAGCAGAAUGGCUAGGACCACAAAGCAGUGCCUUGGAUCAGCCUAUCCAAUUCCUGGAGGUGAAGUCUGUGACAUCCGUGUUGACCAAUGAAUACGUGUAUGCACUGGAUGAUGAGUUUGAUGCAGAUGGUUUGCCAGUUGAAGCACCAGCCGGUGAUGCCGAAGUUCAACCAGCAUCUGAAACAAGAGCACGAGCUAAGCAGAUAGUAACAAAGUUGCACAUCAACACAGGACACUCAUCACCGGAACAGAUGAUGCGCCUGGCCAACCGAUGCCACUCGUCAGACACCAUAAAAGAUGUCAUCCGUAACUUCCAUUGUCCGGUUUGUGAAGAACUCAAAUUGCCAACCUUGAGACGUAAUGCAGCAAUGCCUCAUGCUGACCAACCCAAUCAAGUUGUGGCUGUUGAUUACGUUCAGAUAGAGGUCAAAAGAGAGGAAGAGAAGGGUGACAUGUUGGAGCGGAAAUUCAAUGCCCUGACUUGUGUGUGUCUUGCCACGGACUUUUGCCAGCAGAUUAUCGUGCCUGAGACCGGUACAAACAAUCUGUCGAAAGCUCAUUGGCAGCUUGGUCGUGUUGAAAUCGCCAACAGAGUCCUGCGUGACAUAGCUCGCCGCGUUUGGCGAACAACAAGUCGUCCUGUGGAAGAAGAUGGCUUGUUGACGUCGAAGCACAGGAAGAUCCUGCAGUCCAGUCUCAAAUACUGGCAGAUCCGUCUUUCCAAGCAAAGAUGCAUCUCCGAGCGGAUGCAGCCAGGUUUACGACCAGUCCCUGAAGAUGAAUCGGAGUUCCGUCGUCUAGCCAAGCAGUUAGCAGAAGGUAGGUUGCAUCCUGACGUAGAAGCUGCAGAGCAGAACUUGCGAGAGCGCGCUGGCCAGUUCCAUGACUGUACAGAAGAGCUCCCAAAUGAUGAUGACUUUGAGCUUGAUCAAGAUGUCAUUGAUGAACCUGAUGAACAAGAUGAUGGCGACGAUGACGAUGAUGACCCGAUGGACAAGCCUCGAAAAUCCACCUAA